CCGACGGAACUAUCGCGAAUCAAGCAUGAAGCAAAUCUCACGUGCGUCCACGGUGGACGUUUACAAACGCGACGCCGAUUACAGUCUUCAGUUGAAUCGCUGGUUCUUGAAGCCGAUCGGCGCCUGGCCGGAAUUGCCGUCGAAUUCGAUCAGCAGAAACGUUUUAAUGACAAUCCUGAAAGUAACGUGUCAUUUGUUAAUAGCAAUCACCGUGGUGCCUUCUAUACUGUACGUAUUCUUCGAGGCGAAGGACUUCCGGUUGAAGCUCAAAGCGAUCGGACCGACGAGUCACUGUCUGAUGGGCGGCAUCAAUUACUGCUCGCUGCUGCAUCAUGGCGACCGAAUACGCAGAUCUAUCGAGCACAUGGAAACCGAUUGGCGCACGACGAAGAAGGAGCACGAUCGGAAGGUGAUGCUGAGAAAUGCCCGAGUCGGGCGCGUCAUAGCGGGCGUUUGCGCGUUGAUUAUGCAAGGUGGUGUUAUCUGUUACAACAUAGCGAGAGGAAUGUCGCCGAUAAUAGUGGUAAUCGGCAACGAGACGAUCGCGAUAGGUCGAUUACCGUGUCCGGCUUUCAACAAGAUCGUAGACACCAGAUUCAGUCCGGUGUACGAAGUGGUGCUUGCGCUGCAAAUUCUUUCCACCAUUGUGGUGAACAACAUCACGAUCGGCGCGUGCGGCCUUGCCGCAGUUUUUGCGAUGCACGCCUCCGGUCAGCUCAACGUGGUGAUAAUGCGUCUCGAAGAGCUCGUCGACGAGAAACGAGAGAUCCUUCAGCUGCGACUGGCGAGAAUUGUCGCGCGACAUCUGCGAGCGUUGAGGUUUCUCUCACAUAUGGAGACAAUUAUGAAUCAGAUAUGCUUUGUGGAGUUGGUCGGAUGUACGUUCAACUUGUGCAUGCUAGGAUAUUACACCAUUACGGAAUGGCAAGAGGAAAGUACAAACACCAUAAUAACAUAUGUCAUGAUAUUAACGGCGAUGAUGUUCAAUAUUUUUAUAUUCUGCUUUAUCGGUGAACUCGUAACGGAUCAGUGUAAAAAAGUUGGCGAAGCAGUUUACAUGACGAAUUGGUAUUCUCUGCCGCAUAAAACCGCUCUCGAUCUACUUUUAAUAAUUGUGCGAUCGAGAAUCGUUAUCAAAAUCACAGCCGGAAAAAUAUUUCAUAUGUCCAUUCCAACUUUCGGUACUGUGAUUAAAACAUCUGUCACAUAUUUGAAUAUGCUUCGAACUUUAACAAUGUAA